AUGAACGGGAGAUACAAGUUUUGCUUUCUGUGGAAGUGUGGCUGUGUGUUCUCCGAGCGAGCCCUGAAGGAGGUCCCGUCUACUGUUUGCAACAAGUGUGGAAAAGCUUCCUCUGAUGACGAUAUUGUUGUUAUCAACGGUAGUGAAGAUGAGGUUAGUGGUAUGAGGGCGAAAAUGGAGGAAAAGCGCCAAAAGGCGAAAUUGGAGAAGAAAGCAAAGAAGACAAAGAUCUCCGAGACCACAACUUCGGCAAAUGAAGAAUCUUCAGGGACCAGUGUGAAUGGUGAGAGUCAAAAGGAUGGCCCAGGAAAGCCAGCAAAGAGAGCUAAAACCGAGCAUGAGCCCUCAUCGUCAACUGACUGGAAAACUAAGGGGCCGAAGCUCAAUGGGGCAUCUUUGUCAAAGGGAAAGCUUCCUGAACUGUCAAAACAUAAGACUGUGGCUGAAGACCCGAAGGCAAGCAAAGUUUUUAAAUCUCUCUUUGCUUCGAGCAACAAGGACCGACCUAAACACCUACAGUCAAACUGGGUGACUUAUCAUUCCUAUCAUAUUUAG